GCAGUGUAUCCAAUCAGAAGGCUCUUCUGGAUUCCGGUACCAUGGGAACCAAAGGACACACGGAGAUCAUCGUGCCCAACCUGACCGAGUCUUACAACAGCCAUAGGGACCCACCAGAAGAGGAGAUUCCGUUCUGCACCCUCAAGUCUUUCCCUGCUGUCAUAGAACACACCAUCCAAUGGGCAAGGGACAAGUUUGAGAGUGCGUUUGCCCACAAGCCCACCAUCUAUAAUAUGUUCUGGCAGACCCACUCCUCAGCAGAAGCCGUGCUACAGAGGAUGCAGCAGAGGGAGACUCUGGAGGGGGCGUUCCAGGUAGUCAAGCUGCUGAGUCGACGGCCCAGCCAAUGGGAUCACUGUAUCAUUCUGGCACGCCUGAAAUUCGACAAGUACUUCAAGAGGAAGGCUCUACAGCUGCUGCACUCCUUCCCCCUGGACACUCGGUUAAAGGACGGCAGUUUAUUCUGGCAGUCACCUAAACGACCCCCGUCUCCCAUAGAGUUUGACCUGAAGGACUCACUGCACUUCAGUUUUGUGGUGAGCGCAGCUCGGCUUUAUGCUGAAAUCUACAACAUCCCCUACUCAGACAAGGAUCUGUCACAGGAAGCCGUGUCCAGGAUGUUGUCAGAGAUUACCGUCCCAGAGUACAGGCCAGCAGAGAAGCGUAUUGAGACAGAUGAGAAUGUGAAGAAGCCUGAUCAGAUGAAGCUGUCUGUGAGCAGCGAGGAGGAGAGAGAGGCCAUCGCCCAGUUAGAGGAGGCUAUCAGUGCAGACCACGUUACACCAGAGAGGUUACGGAUGUCUCCCCGGAUGUUUGAGAAGGACGACGACCUCAACGGUCACAUGGACUUCGUGGCGGCGGCCUCCUCCCUCAGGGCCAGGAUGUACUCCAUCGAGGUGGCCGACCGCCUCAAGACCAAACGCAUCGCCGGGAAGAUCAUCCCCGCCAUCGCCACGGCUACCGCCGCCGUUGCCGGGCUGGUGUCGUUGGAGCUGGUGAAGGUGGUGGGAGGAUACGGGUUUGAGUCGUUCAACAACUGUUUCUUCAACCUGGCCAUUCCUGUCAUGGUCCUCACCGAGGCUGCACCUGUCAAGAGAACACAGAUCAGGGAAGACAUAUCUUUCUCUAUCUGGGAUCGCUGGACUGUGUGGGGUCACCAACACUUCUCCCUCUCUGACUUCAUCAACGCAGUGCUGGUGCAUUAUGGGAUAGAGCCUACCAUGGUGGUCCAUGGUGUGAAGAUGCUCUAUGUUCCUGUGAUGCCAGGACACAACAAGAGACUGAAACUAACGAUGCAGAAGUUGAUCAAGCCGUCUGUAGACCGUCGCUAUGUUGACCUGACCGUGUCCUUCGCUCCAGAGUCAGAUGGUGAUGAAGACCUACCUGGACCCCCCGUUAGGUACUACUUCAGCCCCGACGGAGACGCUCACACCGCCUGACACGCCCGGACCAUAACAUCCCUGACACCCCUCAAACUAACCAAAUAUAACCACCCCUCAGUCCCCUCAAACUAACCCCCUGUACCUGCAAAACCCCAGUUGACAACAGUGGUGCUUCUUGAACAGGGGUGGAUUCUAGAACAGGGGUGUAUUCUAGAACAGGGGUGUAUUCUAGAACAGGGGUGGAUUCUAGAAUAUAUGUUGAUUCUAGAAUAUAUGUUGAUUCUAGAACAGAUGUUGAUUCUAGAACAGAUGGUGAUUCUAGAACAGAUGGUGAUUCUAGAAUGGGGGGAUUCUAGAACAGGGCUGGCCCCAUGGACCAUUAUUAGAGAAAGAGCAUAGAGGUAGAAAGAGGGCUCUAGAUGGAUAUAACCUGGUUUAAUGAGUUCUCUUUCUACCUCUAUGAGAAGAGGGUAGCACUUGACUGUGUACAUAGUAGUCCCUCUGUGUUUUCUACUCUGGUUUAAAGCACAGCUCAGACUGGUGUUUUCUACUCUGGUUUAAAGCACAGCUCAGACUGGUGUUUUCCACUCUGGUUUAAAGCACAGCUCAGACUGGUGUUUUCUACUCUGGUUUAAAGCACAGCUCAGACUGGUGUUUUCCACUCUGGUUUAAAGCACAGCUCUGACUGGUGUUUUCCACUCUGGUUUAAAGCACAGCUCAGACUGGUGUUUUCUACUCUGGUUUAAAGCACAACUCAGACUGGUGUUUUCUACUCUGGUUUAAAGCACAGCUCAGACUGGUGUUUUCUACUCUGGUUUAAAGCACAGCUCUGACUGGUGUUUUCUACUCUGGUUUAAAGCACAGCUCAGACUGGUGUUUUCUACUCUGGUUUAAAGCACAGCUCAGACUGGUGUUUUCUACUCUGGUUUAAAGCACAGCUCUGACUGGUGUUUUCUACUCUGGUUUAAAGCACAGCUCUGACUGGUGUUUUCUACUCUGGUUUAAAGCACAGCUCAGACUGGUGUUUUCUACUCUGGUUUAAAGCACAGCUCUGACUGGUGUUUUCUACUCUGGUUUAAAGCACAGCUCUGACUGGUGUUUUCUACUCUGGUUUAAAACACAGCUCUGACUGGUGUUUUCUACUCUGGUUUAAAACACAGCUCAGACUGGUGUUUUCUACUCUGGUUUAAAGCACAGCUCAGACUGGUGUUUUCCACUCUGGUUUAAAACACAGCUCAGACUGGUGUUUUCUACUCUGGUUUAAAGCACAGCUCUGACUGGUGUUUUCUACUCUGGUUUAAAGCACAGCUCUGACUGGUGUUUUCUACUCUGGUUUAAAGCACAGCUCAGACUGGUGUUUUCUACUCUGGUUUAAAGCACAGCUCAGACUGGUGUUUUCCACUCUGGUUUAAAGCACAGCUCAGACUGGUGUUUUCUACUCUGGUUUAAAGCACAGCUCUGACUGGUGUUUUCUACUCUGGUUUAAAGCACAGCUCUGACUGGUGUUUUCUACUCUGGUUUAAAACACAGCUCUGACUGGUGUUUUCUACUCUGGUUUAAAGCACAGCUCUGACUGGUGUUUUCUACUCUGGUUUAAAGCACAGCUCAGACUGGUGUUUUCUACUCUGGUUUAAAGCACAGCUCUGACUGCUAUGCACAUGCCUUAACUAACAACCUUAUUGUGUUUGUCACGACGAUGAUGAUGAUGAUGAUGAUGAUGAUGAUGAUGAUGAGAAUAAAAACAACAGUGUUUACACACCCGUA